CAUGAAGCUCCUAACAGCAAUCCUCGCCCUGGGCCUGGUAGCUUCGGCCACCUGCUACGAAUGCAAAUCUACCGGAAACACUGAAGUAACGGCCAACGGAGAACAGAGUCGUAAUGGCCAGUUCCCGCACCAUGCUCUUAUCGUUUCGACCUUCCCGGACAAGAAACGGUACUGCAGCGGGGCCAUGGUCAGCCGGAAGUUUGUCAUAACCGUUGCUCAGUGCGUCGAAGGUUCCAGCAAAAUCGAAGUCACUCUCGGAGCCCAAUGUCUGUUGGACGGAGGAGACAACAAGUUCCGUUACAAGUUCACGGCCCUGGAGCACUUCGUUCGAUCCGGAUAUAACUACGAAACAUUCGAGAACGAUAUCGCGCUGGUCAAAUUCACCGACGACAACAUCCGUCUGCCCCCGUGGAUCAAGCCGAUCGAGCUUCCGGAAGCGACCGAAGAGCACCUGCACGAUCAGCUCCUGACCAGUGGUUACGGAAUGUUGAACUACGACACUACCAGUGCCGCCGAUUUCCUCGAAUUCACCCAGUUGACCGUAUUGAAUCAUGAAACUUGCCAGCAGGAGUUCGAGUUUGUGACCCCAGAAUCGGGUCGGUUCUGUGCCCAGCGAGAGGAACAGGAACCGAACUGCGUCAGCGAUGUCGGAAGUCCGUUGGUGUUCAAGCGAGAGGGAUACAAACAGUACACGCUGGUUGGGUUGACCAGUUUCGGACAGAAGUUUGCCUGCGAAAAGGGUAAUCCGGGUGCGCUUCAAGAGGUCAGCGCUCAUGUCGAGUGGAUUCGAGAGAUUAUUGGGGAAGCCACUGAGCAGUAAAUGUUAACUGAAGUCAUACUCAUUACAUUUGGAUAACAGAUUGUAAGAUUUUAUAAGAUGAAAUAAUAAA